CCGGUGAUUGACAGUUGGUAGACAACUGCGGCGCACGCAGGGUCGGUCCUGGAUCGGUCCGGACGCUCGCUGCCUCGCCCUGCUCGCUUGCCCGCUCGGCCCGCUCGCUCGAUUCGCACCACGGGGCAGCGCGCCGGUCCACCCCCAGGGGCCCUGCCGCCCCUCACAGUGCGUUUGCUGUGUCGGAAAAAGUUUCGCGAGUCGCCGGCAGACGCCCGGGCGUUUGCGGCACUGUGAGUGCGCCGCUGGCAUUCCGCGUGUGUGUGUUUAUUUUGUUACAACAAUCACUUCCAAAUUGUCGUCUGUCCUCUUGUGCCACUUGGGAUUUAACGUCGCGUCCGGAAGAGGAACACACCGCUCCUCGACCAAAUAUCUGUGUGCUGUGACUAGUGCUAGUUUAUGUUGUGAUGGUGACAGUGCAGUGAUUUGAAGAAGAUUUGAGUGUUGUCACCGGCAAAAUAUUUAUAAUCGUUCCUACUACAUGUGCAAUCAAGUUUAUAGUGAAACGUCAAGGCUGUGCUUCAGUGUUUAGUUCAAGAAAGAGUGUGCAGUGGGUGCCAAGCACCAUGUCAAGCCUAUUCAGUGAGGUGUCAGUGGAGUGGUAGUGCCUGGCUACAAGCCGCACCGCCACCGCCAACACCCUCCUCAUCGCGGCAGUGCUCCUCAUCCGAGGGCACAGGAUUUCGACCCCAGGCGGCCUUCGGGCUUAGUCUUUGAAAAUCUCUUGCGGCGCGGUGUCCCAGCACGCGGAGUUUUCCGCGGCUGGAUCAAAAAAUCACAUGGCACAGCCAAGGUACGAUGAGGGCCUGCACGGAUACAUGGACGCGGGCGGGUCCCUGUACGAGGCCCACAGCCACCGGUCGCUGCAGGGCAUGCCCCACGCGCACCACUCGCCACACGUGGCGAACCAUGCGCCCGCCAUGCACCCCUACAACCACGUGUCGGCGCCGCAGGUCCCCAACCACGUCAUGGCGGGGGGCGUGCCCGACGUCCACAAGCGGGACAAGGAUUCCAUCUACGGGCACCCUCUCUUCCCCCUCCUGGCACUUAUCUUCGAGAAAUGUGAACUGGCAACCUGUACACCAAGAGAGCCGGGUGUCACGGGGGGAGACGUGUGUUCAUCAGAGUCAUUCAAUGAAGAUAUUGCAAUUUUCUCAAAACAGAUUCGGCAAGAGAAGCCUUAUUACAUCGCCGAUCCCGAAGUCGAUUCACUCAUGGUCCAAGCAAUACAAGUCCUACGGUUUCACCUAUUAGAACUCGAAAAGGUCCACGAGCUUUGCGACAAUUUCUGCCACCGGUACAUCAGCUGUUUGAAGGGCAAGAUGCCCAUCGACCUUGUGAUCGACGAGCGGGACUCGUCUAAACCCCUGUCCGAGAUGGGCGGGCCCACCAACGGCACGGACACCGCGCGCUCCAACGCGGACUCCACCUCCCACACGGACGGCGCGAGCACGCCGGACGUGAGACCGCCCUCCUCAUCGCUAUCGUACACAGGCCACCCAAACGAUGAUGUCCGGUCUCCAGGGUCAGUAGGGGGAACACCGGGCCCCCUGAGCCAACCUCCGGGCUCACAACAGAGCCUCGACCACGGCGACCCUGGUAAAUGGUGCCCGCGGCGGGAGUGGUCCUCGCCCGUGGACGCCCGGGCGGCGGCCAGUGAGGCGGCGCGGCGGGGGGUCCUCUACUCAUCCGUAUUCCUCGGCUCACCGGGCGGCGAGUACAACUCAUGUGAUGCGAGCAACGCGAGUAUCGGCAGCGGGGAAGGCACCGGCGAGGAGGACGAGGACAGUGGGGGCAAGAAGAGCCAAAAGAAGAGAGGAAUUUUCCCUAAAGUAGCCACAAAUAUUCUACGGGCGUGGCUAUUUCAACACCUAACGCAUCCGUACCCUUCAGAAGACCAGAAGAAACAGCUGGCGCAGGACACCGGGCUAACUAUUCUACAAGUCAAUAAUUGGUUUAUCAACGCGAGGCGGCGGAUCGUUCAACCUAUGAUCGACCAGUCAAAUCGAGCCGUCUUUUCUCCGCACGCAGGUCCUAGCGGCGCGUACAGUCCGGACGGCUCCAUGGGCUACAUGAUGGACGGCCACGCGGGCAUGAUGCACCGGCCGCCGGGUGACCCCGCCUUUCACUCGGAGUACCAGUACCCGCCACAAUACUACGGUCACCACCUGUAGUUAGAGGCGCCCCAGAGAGUCGAUCGGCGGCCGUGACGUCACAAAAUGGCGGCCCUGACUGAGCCGCGCGAGGAGCGGCGGGGCGGGGCGCGGGGCCUCGGCGGGGCCACACCCGCGGGGCGCGGGGCGGCGGGCGAGCGGCGAGCGAAUCCAAGAUGGCGCCGCGCCGCUCGCUCUCCCGACGCCACGCUGCGCCACGCCGCGCAACGCCACGCUACUCGUCGCUACGCCCGUGGCGGAGCAUCCCUCGUUCCAGCACACUGAGGAGGCCGUACAGUGUCGCGGCACACUGUGUUAGUGUGCGUUUAUUUUUCGCGUGUUUCCUUGAAAAAGGGAUACAGUUAACGAACGAAAUGGCGGCUGCUCCUCCCGGCUAUGGUCGUCAGUCGAACUCUUUUUGCGUCAGCAGGCAACAAGCUUUUUAAGCUGCUCCACCAAGUCAAUGUGAUGAAGGAUCUCGGAUGUGGGGUUCCCCAUGGGCUGCUAUACCCCUGCAAACUUUUCUUUUGACUCAGUGUAAUAUCUUUGUUUUGUUUUGUAAUUUGUAAAGAUUAAUUAAAUGAAGUUAUAUAAUUUUAUGUUUUGGUUGGUGUCUCAGUAACAAAUUCCUGUAAAACAGUCGCCGAAUGAAACUGAAUUUUACGGCGAAUCCUCAGUUACGAGUGGAUUUAGCAAACUGUGAACGCGGAAAUGUUCGUUGUAGUAUAAUUUUUAAGCUGCAUAAAUGAAUUUUGAUGUUCCUUUGUGAAAACAAUAACUGAACCGCGAAGAAGGUGGAGAUUGUAGAAGAUGUUGAAAAAGCAAAUUGACUUAUUAUUGUUUUUUGUUUCCCCAAGUGAUAAUUAUUAUGUAUGUAUAAAACAGAUUGCCCAGUGUAAGUAAAAGAUUGUUUUCACGCCAUUUCGAACUAUGUCCGAGGUGGUUUAGGGACGUAUAGACACCUUUCCCCGUAGUGAUGUUAUAGCCACCCUUUUCUACCUCACCUUUUCCGUGGUUUUCUCAAGAAACAUAUGUUACAAGGUUGUGCUGUUGUGGAAGGACAUUUGUAUUUGUUAUCUCUAUUGUGAUGACUUUUCUUAAACGUCUUACUUUCUUUCGUCCUAUACACCAAAUCCACAGACUCCGCGCGAGACCCCCUUCCCCAUUUUCUCCUCGAAAUACAAGAUAUACGUAAGUUAUUACAUUUCAUAUAUAGAUAUCAUUUCACAUUGUGUAUACCUUUUUUGAAAAUAAUUAAAAUCAUAGGUUGUAUUAAUAUUAUAAAAAAGAAAAUACAGCAGUAUACUAAUAAACAUAAGAACAUUGCAUUGUCUCAGGUGUCUUUAGUACGUCUACAAUUAUUAUUUUAAAGAAUUGUGAAAGUCUGUCCACUUUUUGUGGCCGAAUUCUUGUGAUUUGGUGCUCACUGGAGGGUACGGGUGGCCGAGGGUUAACCUGCCUGGAGAAUGCCCCUUCUCAUCCCGUGACUAUGUUCACUCGUCAUGGGAUACGGAAGGCUGUUACGGCAUUCUCCUUGGCAGUCAACACCUAAAUAUGUAGCGCUGCCACCGGCGUAUAGGUAAGCACGCCCUACAUUUAAUUGUUACUAAACGCUGCCAAUAAUUUUUCCAAAAAUUGUGAAGUUUUAGGUGGACAUUCAGUUGGUUAUAUGGCACUCAGACAAUUACGAUUUUGAAGAUUAUUUGAACGGUAUGAUAGUGAAUUUUUAUUUUGUUAUUUAUGUGUACAAGCAAAACUAGUUCACUAGGUUUCUGAAUACAUUGUUGUCGAUGUUUUCUUGAUUAAAUUGUAGUCAAAUCGUAUGUUGUUUGCAUUUUGCAUUGUUUUCGCCGUGAUGAAAGAUACAUUGUAUACCACAAAAUUCUGUUUUUUAAAGAUUUUUUAAAAUGCUUAUUGCAUGUAUAAUAUAAAUAUUGGGUUUAAUGAAACAUGUAUACGUGUAUUAAAUUUUGAACAAUGUGAAAAAGAUUAUCAUUUGUGCGAUGUGUAGCUGCGUGUGAAGUGGUGAACCAUUAUUUUUGAAACGAAGUAUACCUGGUGUGUGAGCGUUUCAUGUAUACCAUUAGUUUUAAGUACAUUCACUCGUGCCACCCACCGCCUUUCAAGUGAACCCGUGUUGUCUUCACCAUUAAACAUGUUUUUUCGCCUUUUCAUGUAUACGGUUUUCAAAUAAUUAGGUCAGUAAUUAAUUGAAAGAAAUUUUAAUAUAAAAUAAAGAUGACGUUCUGUUUUAGGAUGGAAAAAAUGUUGAUAUUUGCUGUACGUUUGUUAUGGAAUGCAUUUGUAACAGGACAUAUGUGAAUCAGUGGCAAAAUGUAAAAAAGCUAUUUGCCCUGUCUCAGUCUCUUCUGCAAGUCUGUCUCUUGUCUCUCUACCCUGUCUCUUGUUCUGGAUCGUGAGCAUUAAAUGCUUUACACAUUGUGUAACAA